UUUUUAUUUUGAAACCAUGUUUUUAUUUUGCAGCCAUAUUUUUUUCUAGUUUUACUUGGAGGUAAACACAGGUUAUUGCAGUAAUGAGUAGAAGUUCGAGUUCAUUGUAUAUGAUGUCAGAUGACUCUCAAUCUGAUGUUGAAGAAAUUGAGCAUGACAAGAAAUAUGGUAGCUAUGAAAUCACCCCAAAAUAUUUGCAAAUAUCUAAACAUCUCAAAAUAGCAAAGUUAUCAAACGAAACAAAUACAAUAAAUGCUCUAUACAAGUUGGAAGCUUUGAUAGUUGGUGAUAAAGAGAAAAUAUGCGUUCUUCGUUUAGGGGGUGUGCAUUUACUUGUAAAUCUUAUAAAGACAGAUUACCAAAGAUCAGUGAUUGCUUCACUGAGAGUAUUAAAGCUUUUAUGCACUCAUUAUUUUAUCAUUGAUGAAGUGAUAAAAUUAGAAGGAUUGCAGUGUCUUGUUAAAUUGGUUGGUAUUUACUACAGAAAUAGACUGAAAAACCUUGCUAACAAAACCUUGGUUAUUUUAAUUCUUGAAGUUCUUCAACUGAUGUCUGUUUCCAGAAGAGCAAAAAGAUUAAUAAGAAGCUUCUUGGGCAUACCUCAUUUGUUGCGUUAUCUUUCUACUGAUACAUCUUUUUAUUUUGAAAAAUUAUUGGAGCAUGAUUCCAGCAUCAAUUCGGUUUCAUCUGACAUCAGCAGAACAUCUAUGUCUGCACAAGGAAGAAAAAGAAGUAUCACUGUAUCAUUGAAUUCAAAAAGGUUUCAAGAUAUAGAUGUAACUGAUUUAAAAAUGAUUCAACUGGCUUCCAACAUUUUAUGGAGUUGUUCUGAAAGCAAAAGCAAUGUUGCUUCUUUGCUUAGUUAUGAUUUUUUAAACAUUGCAAUAGAGCUGCUUCAUCUUCAGAUUUGUGAGAUUGACCUCCCUAUUAUGGGCAUAAUAAACCAAUGCUGUGUUGUGGAAGAGUUUUGCAACAAAGCAAUUAAAAGUAAUUUAAUCUAUCAUUGUGUACGUUGUUUGAGACAUAAAAACCACCAUGUUAUGCAAUUGGUUUCUUUGCAAACAAUUUGUAAGUGUGUCAGAAAUAGAGUUGAAAUUAAGGACAUGGUUAAUAAACUUGGUGGUUUAAAAGUGUUUAUGUGGAUAAUAGACAUAAAUGAGAAUGGAAAAUCAAGUCUACUUAUUGCAACAUUGCAUACAUUAGCACAAUGUCUACAAGGUAGCACCAAAAACUGUACUUGGUUUGAUUCAGAUGAUAAUUUGAGAAGAAUUUUUGAUCUAAUUAUUCUUAACAAUAAUAAUAAGGUCAUAGAGUGUUGUUUUGAAGUUCUUAAAGAGUUUUUGGAUGUCUGCAUUGAGAAUUCUAUUUCAUUACUGAAAAUUUCAGAUAUCUGUAUUGAGAGCUUACGGCUAACAUGCAAAAACGUGAUUGUAGCAAUUAAUGAAGUUUUAAUAGUAGGAAUGAAAAAUUUGGAAUUUAAAAGAACUUUGUUGAUGAAAGAUGUUCUUCCAUUAGUUUGGUCAAAUAUGAACAGUCAAUAUUCAGAUGUAGUCUCUACUUCAGCAGAUGUUCUUUACAACCUGAUUGAUGAUCCAAACGACACUGCAGAUUCUAUUCGAGCAAUUAGUGGAGGCCUGGAAAUACUUGUAAAUCUGAUGAGAUCUCAAAUCAAAGAGAUCGUAGCAAGUGUUGGAAAUCUUGUAUCAAAGGUGGCACUUGAUGAUGAAAACCGAUUAGUGCUUGUUAAAUUUGGAAUACUGGAAACUAUUUUGAGUCAAUGCAAAACCAAUAACUUACAUGUAUUCAAGUCAAUUUGUAGCUGCAUUGUGAGGUUUUCUUCAAAUGUUGACUCAUGUGCAAAGUUAAAAGGUACUAUACGUUAUAUAGGUGGUUGGUUACAUUCUUCAGAGUUAUGUGCAAAAUAUGAUGCUGUUCAUGCUCUCUUUUGUUUGUCUUUUGACAAGGAUAAUUGUAUUGUUAUGCACAACAGUGGUAUAUUUAAGCACCUCGUCGAAUUGAUGCAACGGUCUGAUAGUGAAAGUUUACAAAAUGAAUGUACCCGCUGUGUUAAUAACAUAAAAAAGAAUGCACCUUCUGUAAUAUAAAAUAUUAUAUUGUAUAAAUGUAGUGUAAAAUAUUAUAUUGUAAGAAUUGUGUAAACAAAAACUUCAAGUUGUAAACUUUUACGUAAGAUUACGCUAAUAUUGUUUUGAA